AUGGGCGAUAAGAAGGUCGGUCUACAGGUGACGUGGAUCCGACGUCGGGACUACCACAUCCUGACGUCCGGUCUCCAGACGCAGACGUUAGACGAGCGCUUCAGCGUCGUCAAGAGCGAGAACCCCGACGACUGGCUGCUGCAGAUCAAGUUUGUCCAGCGAAGAGAUCACGGACUCUACGAAUGUCAGGUGCCCACAAAGACAGGGCGCAACGUCUAUCAAGUAUUCCUGAACGUCGUAGUCCCGAAGGCUUCCAUUUUGGGGUCCAAGGAAUUACAUGUGCAGUCUGGGUCAACAAUUUCCCUGGUGUGCGUCAUAGAUGGGACCAUCAAGCCUUCGUCGUUUGUGUUCUGGUACCACAACGAGAACAUGAUCAACUACGAUCGCCAGAGAGGCGGUAUCAACGUUGUCACGGAGCACGAGCCACGCACUCGAGCCCAGCUCACAAUCGCUGACGCCACCUACGCUGACUCCGGCAACUACACCUGCUCGGCCGGUGUUACCAACUCUACCGUCAACGUCUUCGUGUCUGAAGGAGACAAGACUGCUGCGAUCCAACGUCUGGGAAUGAGCUUGAGUAUCUGCCUUGUGCCGAACCACUUGCUGCUGUUGCUACUGAGCCUGUAUUUGGGCUGGCAUCAUUUUAUUAACAACGUGAAUGUCCAGCGACUCUUCUAUAUCUCGACGUGAUUUGCCAUAGCCAUGCCACAUUAGAACUAAACUCUAUCAAAGAUAUAUAGACUUCAGCCAAUUAGAUUCAAAUUUUUCUUGAUCUUUUUCUCUCGUCUUUUGCAUAGGAAAUUUUCAGGAUGGAGCCUUCGAUCGAGAACUUGCAUGACUAGAACUCUUUUCUUAGCACGAACAUCGGCUAAGAAUGUAUAUUUUUCGUUGUAGGGAAGUUAAACAUAAAUUCGUGGUUUAGUCAUCCUUUAGGUGAAGUGUAGCUCUUUUGUUAGGCUAAAACGAAAUUAAAAAAUGUAUUUUAUUGUAAGGAAAAUGAUGCAGAAUGAGCAGAACGUUAAACACCAAAAAAAAAGUUGAAAUAACAUCGCAAAAUAUUGCUCUAAAAAUUUAACUAA